AGCUUGCCCAUGAUGUUGAUGGGCCCAGCAAAGCAGUCGGAUGCUGUUGCUCGAACAGUGUAGUGUUGUUGGGGGUGGUUAUUUCGAUCGCACGUUUCUCGUCCCUUUCUCUUUGAUCUGAUGUCACACUCUUAGCUUAGAUAUUUUUUGAGUUGGAACGUUUAUACCGGCUUCGCCGUCGCAACAUACACAUAUGAUUGCCUGUAACUGUUUGUCUCUAUAUGUUUUCUCCCUUACGGAACGACUUAAACACUCUGCAGCAUUGUGUGACGUAUUCUCGAAGUGAAGAGACUUCGUGAUUAGCGAGCCGUGUUAUCGAGUAAACGUGAAUCAACACAAGUUUCGGUAUACGAGUAUACAUCGUCUCCCGGUGAAAGAGACGUGGAAGUCGAGCAUCGUGUGUCACAAUGCACAUCGUCCUGUACUUUUUGUGACUGAACGUGAUCGGGAUAAUUCGUGGUGUAACUGCACACUAGGUUGAACUGCGUCGACAACAGAGCCGAAAAAUUGUGCGCGACAUUUUUGUUAACAACUCGGCGCCGGAGAUGUCAUACUAAAAAGACCUACGAGGGCAAGAGGUAGGAGGUGAGCGACCGGUCAAAGAGCCACUCCACGGUUGGGGUACCUAGGAAAGAGCGACACGAAGAGGGAGAGUCACGGCGUGUAUAAUCAAUAAAGUCGGGAAGGAAAAUAAAACGAUGGAUAUUAUAAAACGAUGAAACGAGGUUGACGAAGAGGGAGGGGGAGUCGAAACUGGGCGGAAUGAUGCCCAGAUCCUGAUCGCGGAGCAUCACGGGCCCCGCAGGGGUGGGGAGGUGGACGGAGGAAGAAGGGGAGGACGGUAGGAGGGGAGGCGCCGUUGGCCACGAGGACGAGAGCUGGGGGGGGUGGAGAAUGAGCAUGUUGAGCAUAUUGCGUAGAAAUUGGGCACUACGGGUGUCGGUGGUGCUCAAUAUCUGCGUGUUGCUCUACGUAUGCGCCCAUUACGGCUCCUCCGGGCCCUGGAUCGAGGAGCCGCCGACCAACUGGGCGGCGCCGCUGCAAUCGGAGACGUUCGGCGGCGUCGAGGCUGUGAACGGCACCCAGAGGGGCGCCGCCACCUCGUCAGCUGUGCCCACGGCCAAGGAGGGCGCGGGCAAGGGCGCCCGCAACACCACCGGCCAGAUAAGGGCGAGGCAUCUCGUUACGAGGCCGACGGCCAACGACGAGGCCAGGCCCGACGGAGCCGAGUCGCGCAGGCGCAAUCAGACGGUGAAGAGCGACACGCCUGUGAUCCAGCCAACGAUGAGCCUAAAGGAAGCUGUGCCGUGCAACGAAAAAUCGAUGGAACCGAGGAGGGCGCAGCGGGGUGAUUACUGGGUCCUGUACAAUUAUGUGCCUAUGAGCAUGGCGGUGAGAUGCUGGGAGAGCGUUACCUACACCACGCACGCCGAUUACACGUUUCUGGAUAAUCUGGAACCGUUGCUUGAACGAUGGAGGGCCCCGAUAUCGAUCGCGAUGCACGCCCCUGGGACAGACUUUGCGGCGACUCUCGACGCCAUCAAGUACUCGAGAAACUGUGGCAGCCCACUGGUCUCCCAGCUGGUCACCUUCCAUGUAUUCUUCAGUAGCAAACACGUGCCAAAAGUGGUACCCCCAACCGAGAAAAUUAUAUCCGACACGUAUAACUGCACGCUUGGACCACCAUGGAUAAACGUUACGCUUUCAAAGAUGUAUAAAAACGAGAAGAAAUUGCUAUACCCUGUGAACGUAGGCCGUAAUAUAGCGCGUGAAUCGGCACCGACGUUCUAUGUAUUCGCCAGCGAUAUCGAGCUUUAUCCGAAUCCAGAUUUGCCGGCAAAGUUCCUCGAGAUGAUCAGAAGGAGAGACCAGCCCGCCCUCUAUAAGCCUAAUCCCAAAGUUUUUGUACUAUCCAUCUUUGAGGUGGACGAGAAAAGUCAACCGCCUAACAAUAAAACACGUUUGGUUCAGAUGUUGAAGGCUGGUACGGCUAUUCCUUUUCAUAAAAAAUUGUGUUCCGGCUGUCACAACGUUCCUCGAAGUAAAGAGUGGCAAGAAGCACCGGAAACCGAGGAUCUUCACGUGUUUCACGUCGGCAAAAGGACUGGCAGUUUCGUUCACUGGGAGCCAAUUUUCAUCGGGACCAAUAAUGAUCCUCUGUACGAUGAGAGGCUUAGCUGGGAGGGGAAAAGCGACAAAAUGACACAGGGUUACGCGUUGUGCGUUCUCGAUUAUGAUUUUCUCAUCUUGGACAAUGCAUUUCUGGUCCAUCGGCCGGGUAUUAAAAUCUUCAAGAAGGACCCUCACCGUGAAAUGUUGACAGUUAAGACGAACGCAUUGAUAAGAAAGAUCAUCGUUCCAGAAUUGAAGAUUCUUUAUGGGAUACGAAAAGGUUGUGCCGUGUAGCCCGUAGUGAAACGAGCGCAACGUGUGCUCCACAGGUGUUUUCCGAUCAAGUGGCAACACCCGAAAUCAUUUUUGACACCUAAAAUAACCGAAACAUAUGAUCGAUGGCGCUCGCAACGCCCAACAAUUUGGUUUAAUCACGCAUGGGGAUCAUGUUCAUCCGCCAUUCCUGAGCAUUUUCGGUGUCGAGACUAACUUGAAGAACGUUCAUUGCGAUUAAAAGAUCGUCGACGGUUGAAAAAUGAUGCCAAUUGAAUGGUGCCGAAAAAUAAUAGUUUGUUGGUUAGGUUUCUAACCUUGCAAAAGUUUCAGCAAACUUCUCCUAUGAUCGUUAGUUCCUGUAAUUCCUCUUCAUUUCUCAUCGAGCUGACUUCUUCAUCUUCUUUGCAGUACAAAAGUGUGAUGGCAGCAUAAAAAAAAAAAAAGAAAAGAAAGGGAAUACUGACAUAAAAAAAAUGGGAAUCAAUUUAUUGAGAGAUUCAAAAUCGAUAGAAGUGUAGAAGAUGCUUUUCGUGAUAAUGAUCAUAAGUAGUUGUUUUCAUUCUAAAAGAAUCAUGUUGCGUAUAUAUUUUUCACCUGAGAAUGUUAGAGAUGAACGAUUGUACAUAUUAUAGCGUUUUAAAACGGUGCCUCGUAUAUAUACUUGUACAUUUACAAGAAUGCUGAAUGGUGUGUCGAUGAACACGUGCAUUUUUGUCUCAUUCUACGAUUUCCCCGAAGAGGAAACACAUAACGUAUCUAACGCGAACGACUGUGGUCAUAGAAAUAUGCCAAAAAGGUACACUGCUCAAGUUUAAUUAAGGGAAUAAUAGUGUUUGGAAAAUGAAAAAAAAAAAAAGUUCAUUUUUUUUAUUAUUAUUAUUAUUUCAAGCAGUGCACGUAUAUAUUAAUAAAUCAAAACUCUGUAACUCAGAAAUUUGAAUUUGAAAAACUAGUCUUGAACAUUUUUUUGGUUCCUAUAACUUUCCAAAAAGUUUAUAAUAAAAAAAAAAAAUGUAUUUAUGAAAAUUAUUUAUUGCGUGCAGAGUUUUGUAGAAUUUAUUGCAAACCAAACGACUGAAGUCGACGUUUUUCGACUUUUAAGUUUUAAUCCAAUGCAUUUAUGUGCAUAUGCAUGAGCAUAAUUAAGGCAUAAUUUCAUGCUUUAAGGUUAAAUGUCUUAUUAAAAGGAAAAAAAAAAAAAAGAUACAAAACACAAAUUUGGAAAAGAAAAAGGAUAAAUGAAUUAUAUACUUGAGCAACAUAUAAAAUGCCCGAGUAAUAAAUGAAUAAUUUAACGAUUUAAUUUCGUUCUCGAACGAAUGCCGUGGUAAAAGAAUCAAACAGGACUACUCGCGAAUCAAGGAACAUUUUACUCUCCCAAGACUGAAAAACAUUUGAUAACAGUUUACUAGGCAAUUUUUGUCAUAAAGAUCUUCGAAUGUCAAGUCAUUAGUUAUUUAAUGAUUCUUUUAUUAUAGUGUAACCAAUUAAGGUAAAUAUAUUAAUCUUUCUUUGUA